AGCGCGCUCUCCACGAGGCUCAACCGCGCUCUCUCCUCCUGCCCGACGGGAACCCGGUCCUGUCUUCAUCACUACCGUAUUAGGCCUCAAUAAGGACGACGAUAUUCAAGUCAUGCUCAAGGGUUAUUACAUGAAGAAGAUCAAAUCCAGCUCAUGGAUGAAUUCCCGCUUUUACAAGUUGAAUGAAGAUUGUUGGACGGUGUGGUACAGAUUGAAAAAGGUCCUGAAGACAGCCAGGAGCCAAAUGUUCUCGAUCAACGACAUCAAGGAGUUGAAACCAGGUCACCAGCCGGAGGGAAUGAAGCGGUACGCCACGAAGAUACCCACCGACCGCUGUUUUACCAUUGUAUUUAAGGGCACCAGGAAGAACUUGGAUCUGGUGGCCUCCAACACCAACCAGGCCUGGCAUUGGAUCCGUGGGCUCUCCAAACUAAAGCAGAGAGGCUGCAGCAUGAACAAGAGAGAGCAGAUGGUCCAGAAUCCAUCUAGGAGUGGGUCACGGCAGAGCGCCAGGGAGAGAGUGUGCCACUUCCCUCAUGGUCUCCAACAGCAGCCCCCAAGUCCACCCCUACCCCAUGCAGAAGGUCAAAGGCACCUCCACAUGUUAGAAGUUUUUGCUGUUUGUUUCCCCUAUGUGACUUGCAUUUCCCUCAGGCCCUCAGACUCCAUGGAUUCCAUUAGUUACUAAUGCUUUUUCAGUAUUAUUUUAAUAUGUAGUCAAUCUUUAGGUUUUAACGUGUUACAGGUAUUAUAGGCUAAACUUAAUGUUACAGGUAUUUAUGAAAAAUAGUUACUUUAAAGCUCUGAAUGAGAUACUUUAUUGAUAUAAUAUUCUUCCAAUCAGCAAUGACAAUACACUUAAUAUUUUGUUUUUACAACCAAUGCUGAUGGAGAAUGAAACCCUGUUUGAUAAUACGUCAGGCACUGCAUUUUAAAUGAGUAAUGAAUCCGCUAUGUCGUCCUACCAUCAAAGAAGGUACUCAAGCCAUGAUAUUUUCCAGCAGAAUUUUGUUCCAAGGGGUGGGGUAGGGGAUAGGCAGGAAAAGUGAAGAAGAAAAUCAAACCAUUGUCUCCCGUACCAUCACCACCCUUAUCAACUCCGGAGACCUUCCACCCUCAGCCACAAAAUCAUAAUUCCCACACCCCGCACUGCUUCAUUUUUCCUCCUCCCCAAGAUCCACAAGCCUGACUGUCCCGGUUGACCCAUAGUUUCUGCCUGCUCCUGCCCCACCAAACUUGUAUCUGCCUGGACUCCAUUUUGUCACCCAUAGUUCAGUCCCUCCCCACCUACAUCCGGGUUACAUCCCAUGCCCUCCACCUCUUCAAUGACUUCCAGUUCCCCAGUUCUGACCACCUCAUUUUCACUAUGCAUGUCCAAUCCUUAUUCA